CCCUCAUCUCCCCCGACGCUCUUUACCUAUCUUACCUGCGGCAAUGGACUACGACCGCAAGAGCACCGUCUCGUCGUUCUACGGCGGACGCAGGACGUCGGUUGACGCUCUCAACAACGACUUCCCUCCACCCGGCCCUCCUGGCGGACGCACUCGCGCCGACUCAGCCUCCUCUUUCUAUGGCGCAAACAGGGCAUCAAGAGCAGACCCUUUCGAUGCUGGAACACCCUCUGCGGGAUACAAUAGGGCUUCGUACUUCGAUGGCGGCCGGACAGCGCCCGUGAAGCCCGGCGUGGACGAGGAGUCUCAGGCGGCGGCGGACCCCGCAUGGGAUGUCUACGCUGACUUCAACAACGCCGGUCCACGGUAUUCCACUGCAUUUGGUAUGGGUGACGAUGGCUACCGCCAAGUGCCCUCUCCCACACCAUACAGCCCUGGUGGUGCCGCACAAGGGCAAUACUCCACAUCUGCACUCCGCGGCGAGGAACCUGCGACCCAGGGUAACGUAGAGAUGGUGACCGUACCAGCUCUCGGGCCCGAGUGGAAGGCGGAGGAGAUGCGAGGCAUGUCCAAAAAGGCCAAACGGGAGGAGAAGAUAGAGAAUGCGGCUGUCAAGUGGAAGGAGUGGAAGCGCGGUCAGCGCGGCCUUUGCGGCAAGUACUUCACCAGGAAGUUCACGGCUUGGUUUGUCUUCUUUUUGGUCGCCGCCAUCGCCCUCGUGCUGGUGUUCACCAUACCUCGAGUGCCAGGCUUCAGUGUGAACUCUGCGGAUCCGCUCAUAGCCGCGGAGGCACCAUUCAACACUACUGUUGUUACCGACUUCUCGCGCGCCCCAACCAACUUCAGUUUCCCUGGAGAAAUGAAGCUGCAAGCGGACACUGGCGGCAACUUCCUCCCCCUGACGUUUAACAACAUCCACGGCUCAGUAUUCGAUCUGCAGACGAAGCGGCAGGUUGCUUCCGGAGAUACCGGCAAACUCACCGUGCCUGCGAAGGAGUUCCCCAUCAUCACACUUCCUCUGAACUUCACGUAUACUGCGACAAACGACUCCGAUCAAACAUGGGUGAACUGGUAUAACGGUUGCAAGAACGCAGCACUCUACGCCGAUGGCAAGCGACCAGCCGUUCAAUUCCGUCUCAUCAUCGACAUGUCUAUUGCCGGCCUUAUUGGAAAGAAGAGCACUUCCACGGACGUCACGGAUGCGGCAUGUCCGAUCGAGCUCCCGCAGAACUCGGUUUGAACACUUCGAUCCUUCCUCCUUCGUUUUCGCUUUCUUUAUUUACCUUGGAUUUUCUGAUCGGACUGCCAGACGGACAUGUGCAUCCAUAGUUAUCUCAUCAUCUGCAUGCUCCUCGAUGUCCCUCAAUUUGCUAGUAGCGUAUGCCAUCGUAUUCU